AUGAGGGCCCUACUAUCGUUUUGUCUUGCAUUGGCAUCCUGCCAUUCGGCUCUGUCUCUCUGUCUUGAGUCUGCAGAAUCAUGUGCGGAGCCACUUCUGGUGGCAGAAGAUGUGCCUCUCGUCGCUAGAAGGGAGCUCCUGGGUGAGACAGUGAUUAAGGCUAGGCAACAACCAGGUGUCGUCGCAGCAAACAUCUUCCUGCGAAGAGGAUACCAUGGAUCGGUUGUGGUUGGGAACUAUGUGUACAUUGAUGGAGGCGCAUUUUCGUACACAAGCGGCGGAUCACCCCAAAUAUUAUAUGCGACAACAACAUUAUCGAUUGAUAUUUCAAUGUCAUGGGUCAACUCAUCCGUCGUCAUCAACUCAUACUCGAAGCCCAGUGGAGUACCGUGCUUGGACGACGGGUCUCUUUGGUAUAGCGAGAAGGAAAAUUCUCUGAUUCUUGGAUUUUCAGGCGCAGCGGCACGUUUCAAUACGCCAGCCCCAUGGCCCCUAGGACUAUGGUCAUUCAAACUAGACAGCCAAGGUGGAGGAAUAUGGAGUCGGAAGACGGCAGCCACAUCAGCGAUAACCAGCAAAUCUUUGACUCGGCCAUAUCAAGCACUUUCCGCUUUCGGGGGAGACAGUGCAUUCACGCUGGGAGGAUACGAGAAUAGCAGGUCGAGCCCGGCGACCAAGAACUUGACUGAUUCGAGACCAGUUCCCGGGAUCGUUCAGUACAAUAUGGCUACGGGUACUUUCACGAACUCGAGCGCGUCUGGCUACAAUUUUAACGGUACUGCGGAGCGAGGGGUCCUUCACUAUGUUCCAUCCUUCGGACCUCAGGGAAUCUACGUUAUCUUAGGAGGUGAUGUCUCAGAUCUGGAUAAAUACUCGGCCGGGCAGAAACUCCAAUCCUUCCAAACUCUGACUAUCUUUGAUCCGGCAACGGGCACUUUCUAUAACCAGACAACAACUGGAAACACCCCGAACGGCCGCAUAGAGUUCUGUGCUACGGGGGCCAACUCGACAAACGAUACAUACGAAAUAUUCAUCUACGCGGGAUGGGGAGGUCAUCUUGGGUCCGCCGCCUUACCAUAUGAUGAAAUCUACAUCCUCACACUGCCAGCAUUCCAGUGGAUCAAGGUGCCUUAUCCCCCAGCAAAGCCUAGGCACGGCCACACCUGCGAGACCGUGGGGAACAGGCAGAUGCUGGUCAUCGGGGGGGUGGAUACUCUGCAAGACACGGCAACGAACGCUGCACCGUCGUUGGACCUGGUGACUUUCUCCACCCGAGAUCAGUUCGCUCAAGGGCUCGCCAUUUUCGACAUGACGAGACUUUCCUGGGCGAAUCAGUACGACGCAGGUGCUCCCGCCUACGAGCAGUCUGAUCCGGUGAGAAACUACUAUGCUUCGAACGCCAGAGACCCUGCUACCUGGGCUACGUCCGGCUCAAAAAGCCUCAAGGACGUAUUUGCCGUCACCCACUUCACUAAUCCGCCAACCACCCCAACGCCUUCAUCCUCAGCCACCAACGCCCCUACGUCGUCGCCCAAGAGUUCCCACACGGGCGCGGUAGUAGGCGGCGUGGUAGGCGGGGUCCUAGGCCUUGCUGCUAUCGCCGGCCUCAUCUUCUUCCUCACGCGGCGACGCAAGCGCGCAGCCGCCGCGUCCGAGCUCCCAUCCAACGCUGCAGGAGGCGGUGCUCACACGGAAGACGACGGUCAGGUGCAUUACCAGGGCGAAGACCGCGGUGACUUCAAGCCUUACGCACCCGUCAUGUCGGAAGUCCCAGGCAGUGUUGUGGCUGGGAGGGAGGGCUAUGCCCAGGAGAUGAACACGCCACCGGCGCGUUAUGAGAUGGAUGCGAGACAGACACAUGAGAUGGCUUAG